AUGAAAAUAAUAUGGUGCGCGUUCCUACAUUUGUACGUAUUCCCUGUAUGUUGCGCAACGGAACAGACGACGUCGCCAAUUAUAAUAUCAACGACGGGCACUAUCGAGAACCUGGGGAAAACGGAAAAAGACGAGGAGCAAGAGGAGGAGCAGAAGGAAAUUGAGGCCGUGCCGAUGACGGAACAGGUUAUGGAUGCCAACAUAAAAAUAACCGACGUGCCGGACGUGGAAGAAACCACCGAAGACUGGGACGCAAACUGGGACAAGAACAAGGUUAUACGAGAUGUCGCCUAUUAUAUUCGGGCGCACAAAUUUCAAGACUACGAUCGUCGUUAUUACAAGCGGCUCGAAGAUUCGCCGAGCAGACUUUACGAGGAAUUUCCGAAACCACCUUUAAGAUCUUUGCAUUGGGAAGUACGCAGACACUGCGAGGCAAGCUUCGUCGAAUGCCUGAAAUACAUCGAAAGCAUCGUUAAACUGACUGCUCUGAAGCGAGAAGAUGACAUUGUCACGAUCAUGAGAGAACAAAAAUGGAAUCUCGCGAACAACGCCAAGCAAAUUCAAGCCGCUCAAAAGGAUUGUCUUGCAGGUCAGAGACGCGACGAUCUAACCAUGCCUCCCUUUCAAGGUCCAAUAGAACGGUUUCAGUGGCGCACUACGGUCAGUUACUACAUGUGCUGGUACACGAUGCUCGGCGUUCCAGAAUUGAGCAUUUUCGGAGAGUCGUGCGAUAACCACGCCAACUGUCGAGUGGAAUCCGAUUCCGGGAACGAAGACCCGAGAACCGAUGACACGAUACCAUAUGCCUGCGCCCUUUAUAGUUUCUGUCCGGAUCAUUGUUGCCCUAUGAAACAUAUCCGGGAUAUGACGGAUUGCCAUCAGUCGCGGGACAAUCCCUGCUAUGCUGGGAACCCACCGGCUCACAGGGAAUGUACAUUGAAUCGACAAGAAAAUCGAGAUUUCCCGAGCUUGGUGGCAAAUCAGAUCAACAUCAGCUGCGAAUGUUCUGAUCCCGGAUACGAAUGGUCCUCCAGAUUCGGUCUCUGCGUCGACGUGAACGAGUGCGCUCGAGGUGAACACGGCUGCUCGACGGAGGACGGAGAAACGUGCGUCAACCUACCCGGUGGCUACGAGUGCGUUUGCAAGUUCGGCUACAUUUACGAUCCAGACCAGAGAGAGUGUGUUUUCAGCUCCGAUAUCCAACAGAUCUUGCUAGGGUGGAAAGAGGAGUCGAAUGUCACAGAAAAGAAGAGCGUCAUCGACACGAUCGUCAAAGCGAUCGCGAGAUCGUCCGCUAAUCACCUCUUGUAA